CUGGCAACCCAGGCUUGGCUGGCUGGCUGGCUGGCUGCUCCAAGGGCGCCUCCCUUCGUCGGGCGCGCGCAGGGGCUCCGUGCCUGCCUCGCUGGAGUCCCCAGACACGGCUGGACUACAACUCCCAUCACCCCCCAGGCACAGCGCGGCCUUCAGCGGGGGCUGCAGUCCUCCAGCACGAGCUGGGGCGCCUCAGGGAGCCACAACACGAGCCGCCUUGGCCUGCGGCCUCUGCUGAAGCGGGAGAGCCGUGCGGCGGACUCCCUCCGGUUAAAUUAUCUAGAAUGGCAGGGGAACAGAAACCAUCAUGUAAUCUUCUGGAGCAGUUUAUUUUAUUAGCCAAAAGUACCAGUGGAUCAGCUCUGGCUGCUCUCAUCAAUCAAGUGCUGGAAGCUCCUGGGGUUUAUGUUUUCGGAGAGCUGCUGGAAUUAACAAAUGUGCAAGAGCUUGCCGAAGGCCCUAAUGCUGCUUAUUUUCAGUUGCUGAAUCUCUUUGCCUAUGGAACAUACCCGGAUUAUGUCGCAAACAAGAAUAACCUGCCAGAAUUAACAGGGGCCCAGAAGAACAAGUUGAAGCACUUAACAAUUGUCAGCUUAGCUUCCAGGAUGAAGUGCAUUCCUUACUCGGUGUUACUAAAAGACCUGGACAUGCGGAACUUGCGGGAGCUGGAAGAUCUGAUCAUUGAAGCUGUUUACACAGACAUCAUCCAGGGGAAGCUGGAUCAGCGUAACCACGUGCUAGAAGUGGAUUUCUGUAUCGGCAGGGAUAUCCAAAGGAAGGACAUCAGUACCAUUAUUAAAACGCUUCAGGAAUGGUGUGACGGGUGUGAAGCCGUUCUGUUAGGAAUUGAACAGCAGGUGCUUAGAGCCAACCAGUAUAAAGAGAACCACAACCGAACUCAGCAGCAAGUCGAGACCGAGGUCACGAAUAUCAAGAAGACGCUGAAAGCCACGGCUUCCUCCUCGGCACAGGAAAUGGAGCAGCAGCUGGCGGAGCGGGAGUGCCCCCCCCACGCAGAGCAGAGGCAGCCCGCCAAGAAGAUGUCCAAGGUCAAAGGGCUGGUCUCCAGUCGCCACUAGCGCCCCCGGCAGGAGGAGGAGGCCGCUCAGGCCCCGGAGCCCUCCCAGAAGGAGCCUCCGGCCGCCCCCCCGUCUCCUCCCAGCAGCCAGCCAGCCAGCCAGGGGCAGCACCAGCCUCACCGACACCCCGGAUGGCCCUUGUGCAGCCGGCUUUUGAUGAGGGGCUGGAGGGCACCGUUCCUUCCCAAGUGGAGGGUGGGGCCCCGCCUCCUCCCUCCCCGCCACCUGCAGGCUCGGCCCCAGGGCCCCAGGCUCAGCAGUGGGCUGGGGGAGGGUCUCCUCAGGGGUCCCCCCUCCGCCCCCUCCCAAAGGGCACGCGACACUCCCGGCCCCGGAGUGGCCCCUCACUGCCAUCUCCUUCCCCCCUUCCCCGGCCCCCCCUCGGCGCGGCUCUGAAGGCGCAACUCUCUACCUCAUCCUGGGAACACCAGCACUGGGGCCGGGCUGUGUUGACUCAGCACCGCUUUGCCGCUGCCGCCGCCCUCUAAGCCCCGGGACCCACUGCUGGUUUUUGAAGCUCAUGUCUUGCAGCUUGGAAGCGGAGGAGGCGCCAGGCGAGGGGUCGGAGCUGGGGGGGCCAAGCUGCUAUUUCAGUCCCCUCCUGCUGCUGCUGCUGCUGCUGCUCCUCCCGCCCCCCAGUUAUUAAAAGAGGCCGGGUGUGCGGAAGUUGUGUGUUCUCCCUGUGUUCCACGGCGACUCUUCCCCCCGCCUCUAAAACCUGGAAGUGUCGCGUGUUAGAACCUCCCUGGAUGAAAGUCUGCGCACGGUGUGGAAGCGAUCCGCCUCCCCCCCCCCCCCGGCCCGGCAGCCCAGAACCCGCUGACGGGAACAGCAGAGGUGCCCACGCCUGGCGCCAGCCGGCCUGUCGGAACUUGAACUCCUUUCUGAUUGUAUUUGGCAACCACACACACACUCACGCCCUUUGAUUUUUUGUAUAUUUGUUGGGAGACUUGAAUAUUUCAGCCUCUGUG